AUGUCUGAUCACUUAACAUGUAGAGCGUACUUGCCGGAGUCCCUGCGCAGGCUCUCCACUUGCACAAACCUUGAGCUGAGCUCAAAUGCGCUCACCGGGAAUGUUCCAACCUGGGUUGGAGAAAUGGUGAGCCUGGAGGUACUGGAUUUGUCGGGGAACAAGUUCUCCGGGGAGAUCCCGGGCUCUAUUGGCGGGCUCAUGUCACUGAGGGAGCUGAGGCUGUCUGGAAAUGGGUUCACUGGUGGCUUGCCUGUGUCAAUUGGUGGAUGUAGAAGCCUAGUGCACGUCGACGUGAGCUGGAAUUCCCUUACGGGCAGCCUGCCUGCCUGGGUCUUUGCAUCCGGCGUGCAAUGGGUGUCGGUGUCCGACAACACAUUCAGCGGUGAGCUAGCGGUGCCUGUGAAUGCAUCUUCUGUGAUUCAAGGCGUGGACCUGUCAAGCAAUUCGUUUUCAGGACACAUCCCAUCGGAGAUCUCAAAACUGCUGAGCUUGCAGUCGUUGAACAUGUCUUGCAACUCUCUGUCUGGCAGUGUUCCAGCCAGCAUUGUGGAGAUGAAGUCACUGGAGGUGCUUGAUUUGAGUGCCAAUAAGCUUACUGGGAGUAUUCCGUCCACCAUUGGAGGGAAGUCGCUGAAAGUGCUGAGGCUUGGGAAGAACUCCCUCACUGGUGAAAUUCCAGCCCAGAUUGGGGAUUGCUCAACCCUCGCAUCACUGGAUCUAUCACAUAACAGUCUAACAGGAGCUAUUCCAGCAACAUUAGCCAAUCUCACCAACCUUCAGACCGCUGAUCUUUCUAGGAACAAACUCACUGGUGGUCUGCCAAAGCAGCUCUCCAACCUUGCCCAUCUCAUUGGCUUCAAUGUUUCACAUAACCAGCUCUCUGGGGAUCUGCCUCCUGGUAGUUUCUUUGACACUAUCUCCUUCUCAUCAGUGUCUGACAAUCCUGGCCUUUGCGGUGCAAAGCUCAACUCUUCUUGUCCUGGUGUGUUACCAAAACCAAUCGUGUUGAAUCCAGAAUCUUCUCCCGAUGAUCCGUUGGGACAGAAAGAGCCUGUUCCUGGGGGGCUCCAUCACAAGAAAACCAUACUCAGCAUCUCAGCCCUUGUUGCAAUUGGUGCUGCUGUUCUCAUUGCUGUUGGCAUCAUAACCAUUACUGUCCUUAACCUCCAAGUUCGUGCACCGGCUUCUCAUUCUGCUGCCGAGCUAGAACUCUCAGAUGGAUAUCUUAGCCAGUCACCCACAACUGAUGUGAAAUCAGGCAAGCUUGUAAUGUUUGGAGGAGGUAAUCCAGAAUUCAGCGCAAGUACCCAUGCUCUCCUGAACAAGGACUGUGAGCUUGGCCGUGGUGGUUUUGGCACCGUCUACAAGACCACUCUCCGAGAUGGCCAGCCUGUUGCCAUCAAGAAACUGACUGUGUCAAGCUUGGUGAAAUCUCAAGAUGAAUUUGAGAGAGAAGUUAAGAUGCUGGGCAAGCUACGCCACCGUAACCUUGUUGCCCUCAAGGGCUAUUACUGGACACCAUCUCUUCAGCUUCUUAUCUAUGAGUUUGUCUCUGGUGGUAACUUGCAUAAACAACUGCAUGAGCCGUCUUCUGUAAACUACCUCUCAUGGAAGGAAAGAUUUGAUAUCGUUCUUGGUAUAGCAAGAAGCCUGGCUCACCUCCACCGUCAUGAUGUUAUCCACUACAAUCUGAAGUCAAGCAACAUUAUGAUCGAUGGAUCAGGCGAGGCCAAGGUUGGGGACUACGGAUUGGCAAAGCUACUGCCAAUGUUGGAUCGGUAUGUUCUGAGCAGCAAGGUACAGAGUGCACUUGGUUACAUGGCACCAGAGUUCACAUGCAGAACUGUGAAGAUAACUGAGAAAUGUGAUGUGUAUGGAUUUGGGGUUCUUGUCCUCGAGGUCAUGUCAGGCAGGCCACCAGUGGAGUACAUGGAAGAUGAUGUUAUUGUGCUGUGUGAUGUGGUGAGGGCUGCUUUGGAUGAAGGCAAGGUGGAAGAGUGCGUCGAUGAGAGGCUCUGUGGAAAAUUCCCUCUGGAGGAGGCUGUUCCUAUCAUGAAGCUUGGCUUGGUCUGUACUUCCCAGGUUCCUUCCAAUAGGCCAGACAUGAGUGAGGUGGUGAACAUAUUGGAGUUGAUCAGAUGCCCUCAGGACAGCCCAGAAGAAGAAUUAGGUUAA